ACAGCCAUGGCUAAAUCUCCAAGCUUCCACAGAUUCUCCUUCUUCCUUCUCCUAUCUCUCGCGUCGGCAGCUUCCGACGAGUCUCCGGCCGGCGUCGCACCUCCCGAAUGCGGCUCGGAGUCAUCGGCCGGUGGCUGCCACGACAAGGCCAUUGCGUUGAAGCUGAAGCUGGUGGCCGUGGCCUCCAUUCUCGCCGCAAGCAUGAUCGGAAUUUGCCUGCCGCUGUUCUCGCGCGCCGUGCCGGCGCUAAAACCGGACCGCAAUUUGUUCGUUCUGGUGAAGGCGUUCGCGUCCGGCGUCAUACUCGCCACCGGGUACAUGCACGUGCUGCCGGAUUCUUUCGACUGCCUGACGUCUGCGUGCUUACCGGAGAAUCCAUGGAGGAAGUUUCCGUUUACUACGUUCGUGGCAAUGGUUUCCGCCAUCGGGACUCUGAUGGUGGAUUCGUUCGCGUUGAGUUUUUAUAAGAAGCGUUGCUCUAAGGUUAUGAUGGCGAAGCGGGUUACGGAUGGGUCCGUGGAGAUGCAGAAUUUGGGGCACGGCCAUGGACAGGGCUUUGAUGGGCUUGAGGAGACUUCGUCGCAACUGCUCCGAUACCGUGUCGUCGCUCAGGUGCUAGAACUGGGAAUUGUGGUGCACUCGGUGGUAAUUGGUCUGUCCAUGGGGGCGUCCGAUAAUCCAUGCACCAUCAGACCGCUGGUCGCAGCCAUUUGCUUCCACCAACUGUUUGAAGGAAUGGGGCUCGGAGGAUGUAUACUUCAGGCCGAAUAUGGGACUUAUGUGAACGCGACGAUGGUGUUCUUCUUCUCGGUCACCACACCGCUUGGGAUUGGCCUGGGGAUUGGCUUGUCAAGUGUGUAUAGCGACAACAGCCCAACAGCUCUGAUAGUGGUGGGAAUUCUGAAUGCAUCAUCCGCGGGGCUACUGAACUAUAUGGCAUUGGUGGAUCUUCUUGGAGCCGAAUUUAUGGGGCCUAAGCUGCAGGGAAGCAUGAAGCUUCAAGUGUAUGCUUAUAUUGCAGUUCUAUUAGGAGCAGGAGGCAUGUCUUUGAUGGCAAAGUGGGCCUAGUUUAUCCUCCAACAGGGUGCCCUUAUACAUAUAGCUGGCAUUUCUUUCUGUCUAGCUAGGAAUUUCUUUCUUGUUUUGCAAUGAAGCAAAUCUUUUUGAUCCAGCCUAUUUUGAGGGGAGAGCUGAAUUUUUGUUUCUAUAUAUCUUUCAUCCAUUUGAUCUCUCGUUUAGG